ACAGGGAAUUUCCAGUGGGGAAGGAAAUCAACUUUAUGAACAACUGAGACAACUUACUGUCACCUGCAGGACUUUUGAUUCUCGGACUUUGACACAUAUCGAUUUUGUUCGCGGAGAAUAAAAAAUAAUUGUAGUUCUAUAAACUUUACUGACGUAAAGCGUCAUGACGUACUCCAAUUAAACCCAGUUAUUGUAAAUGGAUCCACUGGUGCAGCAUGUGCAUGGCGAAAUGAUGUGCAGAAGUUAUCUGAACUGAGCUGGAUUCAGGUCUGUCACUCAUAGUUCAUGUUGAAGGAUUCAGACUUUUGACGUGACGUAGCUAACCAGUUGAAGAGUUGAGUUUGACCUUUGCUGUUGACCUUUGCAGACAUCAUGGCUGGAGACGACCACUACCUUCACGCCUCCAACCCGAUCUUUGAGAAUCUGAUGAUGGACGCCGGGUGGGAAUAUCAACAUUUUCCUGCCAUAUCUCAGACGUCGUCUCUGCGGACAGUGGACGGACCCUUCCUGCAGAUCCUCGAGCAGCCGAAGCAGCGUGGCUUCAGGUUCAGGUACGGCUGUGAAGGUCCGUCUCACGGCGGCUUGCCGGGAGCCUCCAGCGAGAAGAACAGGAAGACCUACCCCACCGUCAAGGUCUGUAACUACCAGGGUCCGGCCCGGGUGGUGGUCCAGCUGGUGACGGCGCUGACGCCCCACCCUCAGCUGCACGCUCACAGUCUGGUGGGAAAACAGUGCGACAAGGGAAUCUGCAUCGCCGACCUGCAGCCCAAAGACUCCAGCAUCAGUUUUCCCAACCUGGGGAUCCUCCAUGUGACGAAGAAGAACGUGGCGAAGACUCUGGAGGAGAGGAUGAUCGAGGCCUUGAGGAUGGGAUACAACUGCGGCGUCUCCAUCCACCCCGAGAUCGACGCCCAGCAGGGGGAGGUCCGAGUCCCCCGAGACCUCACGGACCACCAGCGCGGCGUGAUCAGCAGCGCGGCGUCCCUGCAGGCUAAAGAGAUGGACCUCAGCGUGGUUCGACUCAUGUUCACGGCGUUCCUCCCCGACAGUGACGGAGGUUUCUCCAGACGACUGGAGCCCGUCGUGUCGGAGCCGAUCUACGACAGCAAGGCUCCGAACGCCUCCAACCUGAAGAUCGUGAGGAUGGAUCGGACCGCCGGCUGCGUGACCGGAGGAGAGGAAGUCUACCUGCUCUGUGACAAAGUCCAGAAAGAUGAUAUCCAGGUUCGGUUCUUUGAAGAAGACGACUCGGGUCUGACCUGGGAGGCGCUGGGAGAUUUCUCCCCGACAGACGUCCACAGACAGUUCGCCAUCGUCUUCAAGACUCCGAAGUAUCGAGACCAGAACCUGCAGAAGCCGACGUCUGUGUUCGUGCAGCUGAAGAGGAAGUCUGACAACGAGACCAGCGAGCCCAAACCCUUCACCUACCACCCUCAGAUCAUAGACAAAGAGGAAGUGCAGAGGAAGAGGCAGAAGACGUUGCCGAACUUCCAGGACUUCAGCGGUCACGGAGGAGGAGGAGGAGCGGGUCUGUACCGAGGAGGAGGAGGAGGUCCUGCUGCAGGAGGAGGCCCCGGCUCUGCAGGAGGAGGAGGAGGUUACUUCCAGGGAUUCUCCACCUAUAACUACGGAGGAGGUGCAGGAGGAGGAGGAGGAGGAGGAGGAGGUUUCCCUACCGGAUACUCAGCUGGUCUGGGAGGAGGUGGAAUCAAACAUGCCGCUCGUGGCGACGCAGCAGACGACAGCGGUGACGACAGCGAUCCAGACAACGACUCGGCGUCGGGGACCGUGCUGCGAGAUCCAGCCCAGCCAGGAGGCCUGGCGGUGGGGGAGGAUCCUGAGGAGGGAGGGGUCGGUGCGGAGCCAGAACCAGACAGAGUGUGUGAUGUGGACGAGCGGUUGGUUCAGGUGACCAGCAGACAGUUGGAGGCUCUGUUCCAGUAUUCAGUUACAGGUGACUCGGCGUACCUGCUCGCCCCACAGCGCCCCCUGAUGACCGCACAGGACGAGGACGGAGACACUGGGCUCCAUCUGGCCGUCCUCCACAGCCAGCAGGAGGCGCUGAAGAGUCUGACUCAGGUUGUUUCUGCUCUGCCUGGAGAGGAGGUGCUCAACAUGAGGAACCACCUGUACCAGACUCCUUUGCACCUGGCUGUAAUCACCCAGCAGAGGGAGGCGGUGGAGGCGCUGCUGUUGGCCGGCGCUGACCCGACUCUGACAGAUCGUCAUGGUAACACGGCGCUCCACCUGGCAGCCCAGCAGGAGGGAAGAGGAGGGAUGGUCAAGCUUUUACUACAACACAGAGAGCUGAGAGGACUGCUGAACCACACCAACACAGCAGGUCUGUGUGCGAUCCACCUGGCGGUUCUGGCCAAUCAGCUGUCCUCUCUGAGGGAGCUGCUGGAGGGCGGGGCGAACGUGGAGGAUCAGGAGCGCAGCUGUGGGCGGACCGCGCUCCACCUCGCCACCGAGGCCGACAACGUGUCGCUGGCCGGCUGCCUGCUGCUGGAGGGUAAUGCCAAGGUUGACUGCUGCACCUUUAAUGGCUCCACCCCCCUCCACAUCGCCGCAGGGCGGGGCUCCAUCAAGCUAACGGCUCUCCUGAUGGCUGCAGGCGCGGACCCUCAUAAAGAGAACUAUGAGCCGCUGUACUUCAGUGAGGAGGAGUGCUGCGAUGAAGAGGAUGAAGAUGAAGGCUACAUCCCAGGAACCACUCCUCUCAACAUGGCCACCACCUCUCAGGUGUUGGAGCUUCUGAACGGUAAAAAGUACGAACCAAAAACUCCCCACAGAGCCUUCAUCCCUCCUCAAGGCGACCUGGCGAGUCUGAACGUGGAGGUGAAGCAGGCCGUGUGUCGCACUCUGGAGAGUGAAGGAUGCUGGGAGAAUCUGGCUCACAGUCUGGGUCUCGGGAUCCUCAACACGGCCUUCAGACUGAGUCCGUCUCCCGCCAAAACACUGCUGGACAGCUACGAGGUUUCCGGCGGGACGGUCAGAGAUCUGCUGGCUGGUCUGAGGUCAGUCGGCGAGUGCAGAGCGCUGAGCGUCCUGGAGGAGGCGCUGUGUCGCCACGACGACGAGGAGGAGGAAGAGGAGGAAACGACCGAUGACACGACCGGUGAAGCUCUGUGCGCUCAGGUUCAGGAUCUGAAGGUGGACGUUCGGAUCGACAGCGGGGUGUGUGACAGCGGGGUGGAGCUCUCCACAGCGUAACCAUCUGAUUGGUCCGUCUCCAGCCGGGUAUCAGGGAAAGCACAAUCCAUCAUCCAUCCAUCAAUCAAUCAUCCAUCAAUCAAUCAACCAUCCAUCCAUCC